AUGGCCCCUACCUUCCUCAACAGCCUUCGCCGCCGAUCAAGGGCCAGUUUCCGUACCAAUCGCUCUACAACAGACACUUCCAGUGAUGGCGCUGCCUCCCAGGGAGAGUCACCUUCGAGUGGCUCCUUAACGCCGCCUUCAAUCGAUAUCCAAUCCGAUCCUGCUCUGCAUCUGCAAGUCAAAGAUCAGAAUCUGCAGCGUCGACAGUCUCAGAUCUCCCAUAGCCAGAGUCAACAGCAAAUUGUUCAACCGCGACCGCCGCUCACUUCCAACUCGAACCGCAACAGUGUCUCUGGCAUGUCGGGUCUUGGGUCACCUGUUAACGGACGACAAGCCCUGCCCACGUCACCGUAUGCCCCAAGAUUGAUCAAUAUCACUGAGAAUGCAUGGGUCUACCAAAAGGUUCUUCUUGUUUACGGCACAAUUGGAAAUCCUGCCGAAAACAUUGUUGACGGAACUCUCAACGUCUGUCGCCUCGAUGAUAAUUUCCCCGCGAUCAGCUGGCCCGUCUGCAACUCGCAGUUCAAGGCAUUGGUGUACUUGCAACCAGGACCAAACAAGUUGCGCUUCGAGUUUUCAAGCCCCAAACUACCUAACAGCAACAGCUCGAACUCGAUCCAUGCCUCCCACCUCACAGUUCACAUGCUCCCCGCCAACAAUUCACCACCACUGCAGCUUGCCAUCUUGGUCGCAAAAGAUUCACCCGAGACAUUCGAUGCGUCGCCCGCCCGAGCCGAAAAGGAGGGCAAUGGAUUGGAGACUGCCGUGAGGAAAUUCAGGAUGGCAGCAUAUCUGUGGCAAGCGUUCACUUCAGAACAGAUGUGGAGGAACAAACUCGGACGACGCGCAUUCCGGUUUGAUGAAGAAUGGACAACAGGUUCGGCCAACUAUCGUGAUCAAGAGAACGGCACCAUGCGCUCCGAGGCUAGAGUUCAUAUCAUUCGAUCAGACAAGACUACUGCUGAGAUCCGGGACCUUAACAAGGCUCAACAAAACGACAAGGCUACUGACAAGGGCGCUCUGUACGGAAUCGCCUCCGAGGCCGUCAAAAAGUACUUCAACCCGCUCCCUGGGCAAAAGCUCUACGUCUCAUGCCUACUGUUGGACUCUCACUGGGAUAAGGAAGCGAAGACUGUCACCGGCCAUGCCGCUCUUGGAGGUGGAGACGGCGACUUGCAGCUGGCAAUCUUUGGAUCGCACUGCCUGCACAGCUACCCAUCAACUUUUGAAGAAGUCGUUCCUGCUUUCACCGACUGUACUCCGACAGACACAGAUCAUGUGGCCAACGACUGCAACGAAGCAGGCAGUUCUUGGGAAGCCGCCAACAUUGGCAUUGGUGCGCAUAUGCAUGAGACGGGACAUCUAUUUGGGUGCCCACACCAAGAGAGCGGCAUCAUGCUACGGGACUAUGUGGUACUAAACCGCACUUUUGUAGCCCGCGAGGCCUAUUGUACGAGAACAAAGUCCAAGGGGGGAGUUGCGCUAUUGGCUGACGAAUGCGGCUGGCAUCGUCUUGACUGCUUGCGCUUCCGAGCCCAUCCAGCUUUCCGUCUGCCCAACGACCCUCCAAUGAACUCCGACAGUAGUGUUCAAGCCUUCCCUGUAGAGAAUGGCAAUGUUUUGGUUAUGGCAGCCACGGGCAUCUUUUUCGUCGAGAUAUAUGCCGAGGGCGACGACAUCUGCCAUGCGUGGAUUGAGUAUCCCGCUGAGCAGGGAACGCCGUCUCGACAAGUUACGCUUAGUGAGAGCGAGCUGCGAGGCAGAUUGCCUGACAAGAAGAGAAAGGGUGCAAUGAAGAUUUCUGUCAAGUCAUACGGCGGUGGAUCAAUUGAAAUUGACGACUACAAGAAGUUCGUUUCAAAAGAAUCGCAUGUCAAGCUCCCGAACGGAAAGAAUGGUUACCGAAGCCAGAAGAUGGGUAGUUCUAAGAUGGACGGAACCGAGCCUACGGAAGCUAUCUUCACUAGCACUACCAAGCAAGAUCGAAUUCUUUCUCGGGUGGUGGUCUACCACGGACUGGCUGUCGAUGGCAUGGAGUUCGUUUAUGACGAUGACUCUAGGCAGUUGUUUGGAAAGAAAGGUGGAAAGGAGGGAGGUGAUACCUUUGAGUUCGAUGUCCGCCGUGGUGAAUAUAUUAGCGGUUUUGUCGUGCGGUCUGGUUUCUGGAUUGAUGGUAUUCAAGUUUUGACGAGCUUGGGUCGCAAGUCACCCAUCUACGGCAAUGCACAUGGAGGCGAUUCACACACUUUGAUACCCCCUCGAGGAUACAUCAUCUGUGGUGUUUCUGGCUCAUGCGGCCAGUGGCUUGAUGGCUUCUCAGUUCUUAUCACACGAUGA